AGAACAAGGGAUGCGGAAUACCUGGUAAAACAGAGUAAAUAGGUUUACGUUGGCUUGUCCGAGAUUCCCGACGACCGCGUCUGAGGAACGGCGAUGAAUGCGGCGGAGGAAGUGAAAGCGAACGACGCUCCACGCCGACGAUUAUCCUGUACUCCUUGCUUCGACGCUCUUUGGUUCUGCUACUCUCCGGUUCAUCAACUGCAGCAAUAUUAUCGGGUUGGAGUUCUUGACAAUUGUUCGGAGAAGUGGAGUAAUCUUUAUGACUGCUUGACCUUGAAAACUAAGAGUUCUGCUAAAGUGCAGGAAAUUUUGGAAAUACGUGAAAAAGAAAAGCACCACAUUUGGUCUUUUAGGACGCCAGAAGAAUCAGCUGCUAAAUGGAACAGUUGGUAUGGACAUCUAGAUGAACCAGAGUAACUUCCUACGAGCUGUUCGUAAACCGAUCACUCCCUCUGGCACUAGUUUUUUUUUAGUAAUAUGGGAAGAGUGCCAUACCAGAUUGGAGACUGCGUCCUUGCAAGCCUAUUCAAUAGUGUUUUUUUUUUUUCUUCUGGAUAUUGCUAUUUCCAAUUUUUUAGAAUCCAUGAAUAAGGAUUGAAUUGUUUAGCACUAUCAGAGCUAUUGGAGGGUAUUACACAUUGGAAGCAGCGAGUAUUGCUUAGAUUGAUUAGGUAAUCAAAGCAUUGUUUUAACAAUAAGAGUAAAAUUUUGCCAUAUACUUGGAUCUCCGCUUUGAUUUUGUUUUACAUGAUACCUUUGGGAACUCUGAAUGUACGGGUUGGGAAAAAAGUUAAAUGAUGCGCACUUAUUUAUGGUGUGUCACAUCAUAAAUUAAUGGUAUGUCAUGUUCGAACUUGCGUUUUAUAUUUUUA